AUGGGGCGACGACCAGCUGGGUUCGAUGAUUACUCCUCUGCGGUUCCGCAGAUUAUUUUGUCAUCUACCGACACCGAAUUCCUAGACCAGCUCAUCCCCGUGCUUAAGGAUGCAGCCCACUCGAACCGAACCCCGGCGUUGGUGAAUCGCCUUGGACGAUAUUCGGAGGAACGCGAAGCUGACAUCGAACGAAUCGGUCUUACGAAACACCAAGAGUUUCUAGACUCUGUUAGUAGAUUGGAGAAUGUGCGAGAAGGGACUGUUGCAGUGACAGAGGAAAUCCUGAAGCUCAAUCAGUCAAUUCAGUCCAGCACAGAAAAGCUAGCAGAGCAAAAGAGGGCGCUCGUCAAUACAAAAGCUGUCCGACAAAACAUUGCCGAUGCAUCCAGCGCUCUGACAGAGUCACUCAAGAUCUUGCAUGCCGUAAAUCACGCUCAUGAUCUCGUCCGCAAAAAGAGAUACUACUCCGCUCUGAAGUCUCUCGAAGACCUUCAAAAUGAACACCUUGUACCUAUUCUCCAGAAUCGCUAUGCAACCCAACACCGUCUAGCAGAUGUCAUUCAAAAAUCCAUUCCUGCUUCGCAAAAGGCGAUAUCUGAAGCUGUCAUGACGGAUCUCAACACAUGGCUCUACCGUAUUCGAGAAACCUCGCAAUUUUUGGGCGAAGUGGCAUUUUAUCACACCGAAAUGCGUCGGACUCGUCAGAGGAAAAGAGUGGAAGGGGACGCUUUUUUGAGCAGGUUCAAACUCAAUUCCGCUAUUGAAUUAGUUUGCGAUGAAGCAGAGGAGUUCGAUGUCCUUGAUAAUGAAGAGCUUCAGGUUGAUUUCACUCCGCUCUUCGAAGCACUCCAUAUCCACGAUACCCUCGGGCAAACUGAUAAGUUUCGAUCCGAAUAUGCCACCACACGGCGGCAGCAGAAAGACUUGCUCAUUCCCACCUCUGUGGACCUUACCGCAGAAGACGAAUCAUCACUAAGUAGUCUGCUGGAAGGAAUUGCAGGCUUUGCUAUCAUCGAGAAGGCAACUAUGCGGCGUGUGCCACAGCUUCGAUCUGCGGCAGAUGUUGAGGAGCUUUGGGAAUCAUUAUGCACUGCGGCCAUCAACCUAACCAAUAGAGCGCUUGGUGAUGUCACAAAUGCAGAGGUACUUCUGAAGAUCAAGGGCUUCAUUUCUCUCUUUAUUCAAACAAUGGGGGGUUGGGGCUAUUCGGUGUCGACCCUUGACGCUUUUCUUCUCAAGCUUUUUGAUAAAUAUGCAGACCUUCUGAAGAAACGGUUCAGCGAUGAUUUUCAGGAGAUUGUUUCGAUGGACGAUUACAUGCCUAUGGCAAUCAACUCCAUGGAAGAAUAUGAGAAGGUUGUGAACGUCAGCUGGUUUGACCAAGAGAAACUACCUGAUGAGUUGACCUUCCCAUGCGUGCUGCCAUUUUCGCAGAUGUACCCUCUUUGUUGUAUCGAUAUCAGGAAUUUUUUGAAUCAGUUCUACUUCUACUCAGACGAUCAUUUUCAGCACCCAGAUGUAAUCGACGAAACCUUAAGGAAGUCGCUGGAUGAGCUUUUGACCGAGAAAGUCUGCCGAUCUCUCGUAGAUCGCCUCAGUUCACAAUACUUGGGUCAAAUAGUACAGAUUCUCAUCAAUCUAGAGCAUUUCGAAACAGCAUGCCAAGAGCUCGAACAGCUUCUCAUCCGAGCCCGAUCAUCGACCUCUGCUGGUGGGCCUCUGAAACUGAAUGCCACCGACGAGUUUCGAAACAACAAAAAAACAGCCGAGAAGCGCAUUUUCGAGCUGGUCAAUUCAAAGAUCGACGAUCUCGUAGAAACCGCCGAGUAUGACUGGACACCAAGCUUGGCCACAACAGAGCCAAGCAGCUACAUCCAAACCCUGACGAGAUAUUUGUCCAACAUCAUGAACUCAACCUUACUCGGCCUACCCCGCGAAAUUAAGGAAUUGAUUUACUUCGAUGCUUUGAGUCACGCUGCGAGCGAAAUCUUGGCUCUGCCUCUAUCGAAUGAAGUCAAGCACAUCAACCCUUAUGGGGUUUCAGCACUUGCUCAAGACGUCCAGUAUCUGACCGAGUUUGUUGAUAGCCUAGAAAAUGGCCAGAUGUUGAGAGAAAAUCUUGAUGAGCUCCAGCAGACCGUCAAUCUCAUGCAGUCAGAUAAUCAUGACGAGUUCUUCGACGUAUCGAGCCGCAACAAAAAGUAUGGCCGUGUCGACGCAAUGAACGGCCCCAUACUGCUAGAAAAACUUGUUACCCAAGUUCCCUCUCGAAACGCACCUCUUUUCGCAGGUCGUUUCGGAAUGAAAUGA